AUGACCCCAGCUAGAUUUGGAGGCCUUGACCAAAACCAAAGGAAAACGCUUAUUAAAGAUCUCCAUGCACUUCUUUCAAGGCGUAAUAAAGGACAAUUCAAUAAGAUAAGAGAAAAACACCCCAGUGAAAGGCAGCCCUUGAGCAAUUUUUCACCAUCAUUUACUGAGGCUGCUUUAUCUGUUCCUGCUUUUAGCCUUCUUCUCUUUUUUGCUUCACACACUUGGACAAGUUUGAAGUUCCUUCAGUUCUCAAGAGUGUUCUGGAUUCUGGUUGAUGCUUGUCAUGAAAUCGUGUUUGUGGAAUUUGUGUUGGGGCUUUUCCACCUUCUGCUGGUGCGGUGGUUUGGUAUCGCUUGUCAAGGAGGGGUGGAUAUGAGUGACAAAGAAAAGUUUGAGGUGGAUAGAAACGAGGAUCCUAUGGGAUAUUCUAGUGGUAUGCACUCUGAUUGGAGAUUUGGGGGUGGAAAUCUUGCAAAUUCUUCUGCAGGUUUGGUUGCAGUGGGAAAUUCUAUGAAUGUCAGCAGAGGGGAUUUGAUUGGUUCUUCUUCAUGUUCCUCUGCUUCAAUGGUGGACUCAUUUGGUCCAAGCUACUGGGAUAACAGCACCGGCUCCCAAAACCUGGGAUUUUGUGACAUUAAUGGGGGUUCUUCAAAUACUGCUGGAAUAAGAAAAGAUGGGUUUGGCUUUGGAAGAGCUGGCCAGGAUCAUCAUGGAACACUUGAAAUGGGUUGGAACCCUGCUAAUUCUAUGUUACCAAACGGCCCAGGGAUGUUUCCCCACAGUUUAUCUCAGUUUCCAACUGAUUCUGGAUUCAUUGAAAGAGCUGCAAGAUUCUCAUGCUUCAGUGGAGGGAAUUUUACGGAUAUGGUGAACUCAUAUGGGAUUGCUCAAUCAAUGGGGCUUUAUGGGGCUAGAGAUGCUAUUGCAGGCCAUGGGUUGAAAUCAGUAACCGGAGGGCAAUCUCAAGGAGGUGAUAUAAAUGUAGUUGAAGCAGCAAAAGAUUUGUCUCCAUCUGUUGAGCAUCUGGCUGCUAAAGGAAGCCCUCUCAAGAGUGAUAAGAGAAGUGAAGGUCAUGUUAUGUCUCAAGACGAUGGGAAGCAAUCUCUUGUUAGGCCUGCUAAUGAGUCUGAUAGAGCUGAAUCUAGUGAUGAUGGUGGUGGCCAGGAUGAUUCUCCAAUGUUGGAAGGUACUAGUGGAGAACCUUCUAUCAAAGUACUAAACUCAAAGAAAAGGAAAAGAAGAGGGCAGGAUGCUGAUAAUGAUAAAGCCAAUGGGGCUCCUGAAAUUCCUAAUGAAGCUGCAAAGGACAACUCUGAGAAUCAACAGAAGAUAGACCAUCAACCAACUUCAGCAACCAAGGCUUCUGGGAAGAAUGCCAAACUGGGGUCUCAAGCUUCUGAUCCACCUAAGGAGGAAUACAUACAUGUUAGGGCUCGCCGUGGUCAGGCAACAAAUAGCCAUAGCCUUGCAGAGAGAGUUAGGAGGGAAAAGAUAAGUGAAAGGAUGAAGUUUCUUCAAGACCUUGUACCGGGAUGCAGCAAGGUCACCGGCAAGGCAGUAAUGCUAGAUGAAAUCAUCAACUAUGUACAGUCACUUCAAAGGCAGGUUGAGUUUUUGUCUAUGAAACUUGCAACAGUAAAUCCUCGGCUGGAUUUUAAUAUUGAAGGACUUCUUGCUAAAGAUAUUCUUCAACAACGGCCCGGUCCUUCCUCUGCACUAGGGUUUCCUCUAGAUAUGUCCAUGGCUUUUCCCACAUUACAUCCAUCUCAACCAGGGCUGAUUCAUCCAGUUAUUCCCAACAUGGCAAACUCAUCUGAUAUUCUUCAAAGAAACAUCCAUCCGCAGUUAGCUCCCUUGACUGGUGGAUUCAAGGAGCCAAAUCAGCUGUCUGAUGUUUGGGAGGAUGAGCUUCACAAUGUCGUCCAGAUGAGUUUUGCAACAACUGCUCCCCUGAGUAGCCAAGAUGUUGAUGGUACUGUGUCAGCUAGUCAGAUGAAAGUUGAACUUUGA